AUGAUAGAGGAUACAAUGACUUUGCUGUCUUUGCUGGGUCGCAUCAUGCGCUACUUCUUGCUGAGACCCGAGACGCUCUUCCUGCUGUGCAUCAGUCUGGCGCUGUGGAGUUACUUCUUCCACACGGACGAGGUGAAGACCAUCGUCAAGUCCAGCCGGGACGCCGUGAAGAUGGUGAAGGGCAAGGUGGCGGAGAUCAUGCAGAAUGAUCGCCUCGGGGGGCUGGACGUGCUAGAGGCCGAGUUUUCCAAGACUUGGGAGUUCAAGAGUCACAACGUAGCUGUGUACUCCAUCCAGGGCCGGAGAGACCACAUGGAGGACCGCUUUGAAGUUCUUACAGACCUGGCCAACAAGACGCACCCCUCCAUCUUUGGGAUCUUCGACGGGCACGGGGGCGAGACUGCAGCUGAAUAUGUAAAAUCUCGACUCCCAGAGGCCCUGAAACAGCAUCUUCAGGACUACGAGAAGGACAAAGAAAAUAGUGUAUUGUCUUACCAAACCAUCCUUGAACAGCAGAUUCUAUCAAUUGACCGAGAAAUGCUGGAAAAAUUGACUGUGUCCUAUGAUGAAGCAGGCACGACAUGCUUGAUUGCUCUGCUGUCAGAUAAAGACCUCACCGUGGCCAACGUGGGCGACUCACGUGGGGUCCUGUGUGACAAGGACGGGAAUGCCAUUCCUUUGUCUCAUGAUCACAAGCCUUACCAACUGAAGGAAAGAAAGAGAAUAAAGAGAGCUGGUGGUUUCAUCAGUUUUAAUGGCUCCUGGAGGGUCCAGGGCAUCCUUGCCAUGUCUCGGUCCCUGGGGGAUUAUCCACUGAAAAAUCUCAACGUGGUCAUCCCUGACCCAGAUAUCCUGACCUUUGACCUGGACAAGCUCCAGCCAGAGUUCAUGAUCUUGGCAUCAGACGGCCUCUGGGAUGCUUUCAGCAAUGAAGAAGCUGUUCGAUUCAUCAAGGAGCGCUUGGAUGAACCUCAUUUUGGGGCCAAGAGCAUAGUUUUACAGUCAUUUUAUAGAGGCUGCCCUGACAAUAUAACAGUCAUGGUGGUGAAGUUCAGGAAUAGCAGCAAAACAGAAGAGCAGUGA